AGAAGCAUGUAGUUACUAGCGCAAUCCCCGCACGUGACUCGCAACACAGCGGCUCAGCAACCCUGGAGCCUCAUUUGCCCACUUCCCGCUUUCGCCUCGCGGUGCUCCCCCUUCAUCAGGCAUCCUUCGACCACCAUCUUUUGCCCAACCAGGCCCACGACGCCAGCGCCACGCGAUCCAUCGUCGCUGCCGAACUAUCAGAGCAACCGCGCGCGAAACGGAUAAGGGGAAUUGCGCCAUCGCGCAGCUUGCAAAAACAUGUCAGGCUUGGACGUGGAAGCCCUCCUUGACUCGACUGCUUCGUCCAAGGAGCAGAACGGCAAGGCCAACGCUAAUGGCGACUCGCCCCAGAACGGAAGCCGCAGCGAGUACGAUCGCGACCGUGAGCGAGAUAAAGACCGUCGCAGCCGCGACCGCAGUCGUGACCGCAGUCGUGACCGCAGCCGAGAUCGCAGCCGAGAUCGCAGCCGCGACCGCAGCCGAGACCGAGGCCACCGGCGCCGAGAUCGCAGCAGCGGCCGUUACCGAAACUCGUCUAGCGGACGGGACACCCCGAGAAGCGAGGCCGGAAGCCAUAGAAGUAGGCGCCGGAGCCGGAGCCGUGAUUCUGGCCGACACUCACGCCGUCAUAGAAACGACGGAGACUACUACCGGGGAAGCAACCGGGGCCGCGGCGGCCGCUCGCGCUCCCGUUCGCCUAGCCGCUACUACCGCCCGCCGGGGGACGACCGCCGCGACCGCGACGACCGUGGCUACCGUCGCCGUGACGACGACCGCCGCGGCCGCCGACACAGCACCCCCCGCGAUCCCUCGCCGACGGGAGACGAGCGUGAUCGCCGCACCGUCUUUGUCCAGCAGCUGGCCGCUCGCCUCCGUACCCGCGAGCUGAAGGAGUUCUUCGAGAAGGUUGGCCCCGUUGCCGAGGCGCAAAUCGUAAAAGAUCGCGUUAGCAACAGGUCCAAAGGUGUCGGCUAUGUCGAGUUCAAGAAUGAAGAAUCCGUAGCGGCCGCCCUUCAGCUCACUGGUCAGAAACUCCUAGGUAUUCCCGUCAUCGUGCAGCCGACCGAGGCUGAGAAGAACCGCCAAGCGCGCAACUCGGAAUCAUCUGGUCACCCGAAUUCCAUCCCCUUCCACAGACUCUAUGUGGGCAACAUCCACUUCAGUAUCACUGAAACAGACCUCCAGAACGUCUUUGAGCCCUUUGGAGAGCUCGAGUUUGUGCAGCUGCAGAAGGAUGACAGCGGCCGCAGCCGAGGCUAUGGCUUCGUCCAAUUCCGUGAUGCUAGUCAAGCCCGAGAGGCUCUCGAGAAGAUGAACGGGUUCGAUCUGGCCGGUCGCCCGAUCCGUGUCGGGCUUGGAAACGAUAAGUUUACCCCAGAGUCAACUGCCAACCUCUUACGGGGAUUCCAAGGCCAGAAUCAAGGAUCUGCUUUCUCCGGAGCCGGGGGGAGGGGCCUCCAGGCGUCCAACUUCGACCGGGCCGGUGGCCGAGACAGCGACAAGGGCACGGCCGCCAGCGCCCUGGACGACACCGACGUGGCCGGUGUCAACUUUAACAACUACAGCCGAGACGCUCUGAUGCGGAAACUGGCAAGGACUGACGAGCCCAGCACUGGCCAACCUGAGCGGCAGAUUCUGAAGCCCAAGACCGAGACGCAACCGCUCCCUGUCAAUGUCAGCAUGGCAAGCCGCUGUGUGGUCCUCCACAACAUGUUUGAUCCCACCGAACAAGAGGGUGAGGGCUGGAUCAAGGAGCUGGAGGAGGAAGUCCGGCAAGAAGCCGAGGAAAAAUACGGCCACGUCGUCCACAUCGCCGUCGACCCCAACUCCCAGGGUGACAUCUACCUCAAGUUCGACAAGGUUUCGGGCGGAGAAAACGCCAUCAAGGGCCUCAACGGCCGCUACUUUGACGGACGGAUGAUCUCUGCUGCUCCGGUUGUGGACGCGGUCUACAGCAGUUUGUUCUCUCGCACCAAGGCGAUCUAGACACUAAUCACGGGCUCCUGCUGUCUGCAUAGGAAUCCUACAAGGCGCUCGUCCCCCCCCCCCCCCCUCUCACCAAGGGCAUGGC